CUCGACGGUGCGAUCGCGGAGCGGCCUCAGCACAUGAUCAUGCGCGUCGCGCUGGGCAUCCACGGCGAUGACCUGGCGGGCGCGCUGGAGACCUAUGAGAUGAUGUCGCAGAAGAUGUUCACGCACGCGACGCCGACGCUCUUCAACGCCGGCACGCCGCGGCCGCAGCUGUCGUCGUGCUUCCUGUUGGCCAUGAAGGAGGACUCCAUCGAGGGCAUCUACGACACGCUCAAGCGCUGCGCGGCCAUCUCCAAGUACGCGGGCGGCAUCGGCCUGUCGGUCCACAAUAUCCGUGCGACGGACUCCUACAUUUGCGGGUCCAACGGCACGUCGAACGGCAUCGUGCCCAUGCUCCGCGUCUACAACGAUACGGCGCGCUACGUGGACCAGGGCGGCGGCAGGCGCAAGGGCUCCUUCGCCAUCUACCUCGAGCCCUGGCACGCGGACAUCGAGACGUGGCUCGACCUCAAGAAGAACCACGGCAACGAGCUCGAGCGAGCGCGCGAUCUCUUCUACGGCCUCUGGAUCCCGGACCUGUUCAUGAAGCGCGUCGAGGCUAACGGGUUCUGGUCCCUCAUGUGCCCCAACGAGUGCCCGGGCCUCGCGGACUGCCACGGCGCCGAGUUCGAGGCCCUCUACGAGCGCUACGAGGCCGAGGGCCGCGCGCGCAAGGCCAUCCCCGCGCAGCAGCUCUGGUUCGCCAUCCUCGACAGCCAGGUCGAGACGGGCACGCCUUACAUGCUCUACAAGGACGCCUGCAACGACAAGUCGAACCAGAAGCAUUUGGGCACGAUCAAGUCGUCGAACCUGUGCACCGAGAUUGUCGAGUACACGGCCUCCGACGAGAUCGCGGUUUGCACCCUGGCGUCCAUCAACCUCACGGCCCACGUCGAUGGCGCCGGCGACGCCGCGACAUUCGAUUUCGCCAAGCUCCGGCGCACGGCCUACGUCGUGACGAAAAACCUCAACAAGGUUGUCGACGUCAAUUACUAUCCGGUGGAGGAGGCCAAGUCGUCGAACCUGAAGCAC